AAAAGGAGAAGAGGUGAUGGAAGAAGAAGAUGGGAUGGAAUCAAAUUACGAAAUAUUGACUAAUCAAGAGGGAAAAUCAUUAUCAACCGUUCCAAAUGAAGAAGAAAAAGAAAUGGAUCCGAAACCAUUUGGAGUACCCUCCAUACGUGAAUUACUUCGUGUUCUCAUAUCCUUACUCAAUCCUCAUGAUCAUCAACACACUGACACUAUGCGACUCAUGGCCCUUAGUAUUCUGAACGUAGCCUUUGAAUUGGCACGUACAGAUAACAUUACAUUGUUAUCAUUGACGCUUCGUGUUAUCUCAACAGUUUUUGGUACACUUCGUCCAUAUCUUAAACUACAACAAGAACUUUAUUUAUUAUUUUUGAUUGAAAGAUUGACACCACCAUCAAACAGUCCAAUAUCUCAUGCAUUCAACGAAGUAUUUUCUAAUCCUAAUUUCGAUAAUGUUCUGCAACUUGAUCCCAGCGCUCCAACAUCACCAAAUCGUGAUCAACGUAAUUUCAGAAUGAGUAAUAUUUCAUACGCUACUGGCGAAAUUCGUGAAUUAUUGUUAGAAACACUGGGUCAAGAAUCGCUUAAAAAUCUUAUGAAAGAUGGCUCUCUAGCGAAUUGA